CAAAAAAAAAUCCAAAGCGAGCAGAUCCCCCGCCCCUAACCGACUCCCCUCGCUUCCAUUCCAUUAAUGGCCGCCACCAAGAGCCCUCCAACACACACCUGACCUCCCCUUCCCCCCUCUCUCCGCCGCCCGUUCCCCGCGCCUCCGCCCGUACGUCCCGUUCCCGGUCGGCCGGCCGGUCCAAAGGGAGGGGAGGAGGAGGAACGCGGGAGUCGGGGCCCGCACCGAUGCUGAGCUCGGCAUCCUCGGCCGCGGGAGCGGCCAUGGGGAUGGGCGGCGGCGGGUACGCGCACCAGCCCCCGCCACAGCGCACGGUCUUCACCGCCGCGCAGUGGGCGGAGCUGGAGCAGCAGGCGCUCAUCUACAAGUACCUCAUGGCCGGCGUCCCCGUCCCGCCCGACCUCCUCCUCCCCGUCCGCCCCGGCCCCGCCGCCGCCUUCUCCUUCGCCGGCCCCGCCGCCGCGUCGCCCUUCUACCACCAACACCACCCGUCCCUGAGCUACUACGCCUACUACGGCAAGAAACUGGACCCGGAGCCGUGGCGGUGCCGCCGCACCGACGGCAAGAAGUGGCGGUGCUCCAAGGAGGCGCACCCCGACUCCAAGUACUGCGAGCGCCACAUGCACCGUGGCCGCAACCGUUCAAGAAAGCCUGUGGAAUCCAAGACCGCCUCGUCGUCGUCGCCCGCGCACCCGUCGCCGCCCCAGCUGUCCACCGUCACCACCACCGCGCCUCUCGAGCCCCUUGCAGCGGCGGGGGGCAAGGUCCACGGCCUGUCCCUCGGCGGCGGCGCUGCUGGCUCGUCGCACCUCGGCGUCGAUGCUUCGAAUGCUCACUAUCGUUAUGGUAGCAACAGGUACCCUCUCGGAGCUAAACCGGACGGCGGCGAGUUGAGCUUCUUCUCAGGAGCGUCAUCGGGGAACAACUCGAGGGGCGGCUUCACCAUCGACUCUCCAUCAGAUAACAACUCGUGGCACUCCGCCCUGGCGUCCAGCGUGCCCCCGUUCACGCUGUCGACGAAGAGCGGGGACUCCGGCCUCCUGCCCGGCGCCUACGCCUCCUACUCCCAGUCCCACUCCCACAUGGAGCCGCCGCGGGAGCUCGGGCAGGUCACCAUCGCCUCGCUGGCGCAGGAGCAGGAGCGCCAGCAGCCGUUCAGUGGUGGGAUGCUCGGGAACGUGAAGCAGGAGAACCAGAACCAGCCGCUGCGGCCCUUCUUCGACGAGUGGCCCGGGACGCGGGCGGACUCGUGGCCGCCGGAGAUGGACGGCGCGCCGCGGGCCGGCAGGACCUCCUUCUCCUCCUCCACCACCCAGCUCUCCAUCUCCAUCCCGAUGCCCAGAUGCGACUGACGAGGAACCGUCGAUCGGGCGGCCACUAGACGGUGGACGCUCACGCUCACUAGUGCGCUGUCGCCUGGAGUGGAGAUCGAUCGUCACGCCGCCGCCGCCUACGCCCUCGUCCUACCUAUUUGUUUUGCCGUAGUGUAUUGUACCGACCUCAUUAAGAACAGAACAGAACAGAAGUCUCUGUGUAAGAGCCGGCUCCUUCCUGUUCCUAUGGUUUGUACUAGUAGCGUGCUUUGUAUUUGUUGUACCCCUCAAGACCGAGAAUGAAACCCGCCCGCCGUCAGUCUGUCUUUGCGUUUUAGUA